GUUAACGAUGAAUUAUUCAGGGUGUUGAUGGGUUUUGUCCAUCCUUGUUGCAGUGGGUUGAUAGUUCCUGAGCGCUAUGGCAACGAGACUGUUCCGGAGGUGGUUUCACAGUCUGGUUACGCCCUCCUCCACUUCUUCAGCGACGCUGCUUAUAACCUGACCGGCUUCAACAUCUCAUAUAGUGUGAACACGUGUCCCAACAACUGUUCUGGCCGAGGGGAGUGUCGCGUUGGGAACUCAACAGGUGCUGUAUAUUGUGACUGUGAAUCCAAUUGGAAGGGCGAGGCCUGUGAUAUCCCUUACUGCCUGUCAGACUGUGGUUGGCCUGACAGGGGACACUGCCUUCAGGACACAAAGACAUGUCGAUGCCAGCCUGGGUGGCAAGGUCCAGACUGCUCUCUGUCCGUCCCAGCCAACUCCUCGUUCUGGCAGCGGGAGGAGUACCCCGAGCCAGGUCUGGCCAGGGCUUCCCACAAGGCUGUAGUGGACCAGGGGAUCAUGUGGGUUGUCGGGGGUUACGUCUUCAACUCCUCAGACUACCAGAUGAUUACAGCGUAUAACCUCAGCUCCCAUCGCUGGCUGUCUCUCAACCGCUCUGUCAACUCCGUCAUGGGACGAUACGGACACUCUCUGGCACUACAUGAGGGAAAGAUCUACAUGUACGGAGGAAAGAUAGACUCUACUGGCAACGUGACCAGCCAGCUGUGGGUGUUCCACAUCCAGAACCAGACCUGGGAGUCCCUCUCCGCUGGAGCCCAGGAACAGUGGGCCGUGGUGGGACACUCUGCUCAUGUAGUGCCCCACCUGCUGGAGGGAGGUAGUGCGGUCAUGCUGGUCCUCUUUGGACACUGCCCUCUAUAUGGAUACAUCAGCCAGGUGCAGCAGUAUGACAUCGCCAGGAACACGUGGCGUGCCGUGGUUACAGAUGGAGCCCUGGUGCAGGGAGGGUACGGCCACAGCAGUGUGUUUGACCCCUCCUCCCGGGCCAUCUACAUCCACGGAGGGUACAAGGCCUUCAGCGCGAACAAGUACGGCCUGUCUGGAGACCUGUACAAGUACGACGUGGACCGCAGCCGAUGGACGGUUCUAAAGGACAGCGGGUUCUUCCGGUACCUCCACACGGCGGUCAUCGUUAGCGGAACCAUGCUGGUGUUUGGAGGAAACACGCACAACGACACGUCCAUGAGCCACGGAGCCAAGUGCUUCUCCUCGGACUUCAUGGCCUAUGACCUGGACCUCCACCAUGAUGGGAACUAUGUCUAUGGGAACUAUGUCUAUGGGAACUAUGUCUACAGUGACAGGGAACUAUGUCUAUGGAACUAUGUCUAUGGGAACUAUGUCUAUGGGAACUAUGUCUAUGGGAACUAUGUCUAUGGGAACUAUGUCUAUGGGAACUAUGUCUAUGGGAACUAUGUCUAUGGGAACUAUGUCUAUGGAACUAUUGUGAUGUAUGUGUUUGGGGGGUUCAACAGUCUGUUGUUGAGUGAUGUCCUAAUCUACACGCCAGCCAGCUGCUCCAGCGCUCCCAGCGCUGCCGCCUGUAUAGCGGCCUGGCCGGGGGUUCACUGCGUUUGGAAUGCUAACCUGGGCUCCUGCAUGCCCUGGGACUCGAACCCCGGAUUCCUGGAUGAGCAGACCACCCUGGCCUCCUGUGGAACCAGAACAUAUGUUGACAACGAUCGUUGUGACCAGUACACGGACUGCUACAGCUGUACAGCCAAUACUAACGGCUGCCAGUGGUGUGCUGUUCAGUGUGUCUCCGUGAGCUCCAACUGUACGGCCGUCACGGGGGCCAUAGUGGAGUAUGAUGUCUGUCCUAAAGACAACCCGUCUUAUGUCUGCAACAAGAAGACCAGCUGUAAGAGCUGUGGGGUGGACCAGAACUGCCAGUGGGAACCUCGAAACCAGGAGUGCAUCGCUCUACCAGAGAAUAUUUGUGGUGAGAGUUGGCACCUGGUGGGUAACUCGUGUCUGAAGUUCAUCACAGCAAAGGACUCGUACGACAACGCCAAGCUGACCUGUCGGGGUCACAACGCUGUCCUGGCCUCGUUGACCAAUCAGAAGGAGGUGGACUUUGUCCUUAAAGAGCUGCAGAUCAUGAACGUUCUGUACAAGGCCUUGGUGACGCCGUGGGUGGGGCUGAGGAAGAUCAACGUCUCCUAUUGGUGCUGGGAAGACAUGUCACCCUUCACUAACACCUCCCUCCAGUGGUUGCCGGGGGAACCCAGCGACGCCGGUUUCUGUGGUUACCUAGCAGAGCCGGCUUCCAGCGGUCUUAAGGCCCAGACCUGCAUCAACCCUGUUAACGGGAGUCUGUGUGAACGAGCAGCCAAUCACAGUGCCAAGCAGUGUCGGACGGCGUGCGCCAUGCGGGCUACGUGUGCUGAGUGUACCAGCAGCAGCUCUGAGUGUAUGUGGUGCAGCAACAUGAGGCAGUGUGUGGACUCUAAUGCAUACGUAGCCUCCUUCCCCUUCGGACAGUGUAUGGAGUGGUACACUAUGAACAGCUGUCCACCUGAGAACUGUUCUGGGUACAGGACGUGUGGCCAGUGUCUGGAGCAGCCUGGCUGUGGCUGGUGUACGGACCCCAGCAAUACAGGGCGUGGCCAGUGCAUUGAGGGAUCCUAUCGGGGGCCAUUCCAGACCGCAGUCCCCGCCCCCUCCACCCUGCCUGGCCCCACCUCUAGUCCCGCCUCCCAGCCGGCUCUCAACAUCAGCAUGUGUCCUUACGAUACCAAGUACAACUGGAGCUUUAUCCUCUGUCCAGCGUGCCAGUGUAACGGCCACAGUCAGUGUGUGAAUCACAGUGUAUGUGAGAAGUGUGAGGACCUGACAACAGGCCUCCACUGUGAGAGCUGCAUCUCUGGUUACUAUGGAGACCCCACCAACGGGGGCAGCUGCCAACCGUGUAAGUGUAAUGGCCAUGCCGGUGUGUGUAACACAAACAACGGGAAGUGUUUCUGCACCACCAAGGGCAUCAAAGGAGACCGCUGUCACCUGUGUGAGUUGGAGAACCGUUACCAAGGAAACCCUCUGAAAGGAACCUGUUACUACACCCUGCUGAUAGACUAUCAGUUCACCUUCAGUCUGUCUCAGGAGGACGACCGCUACUACACCGCCAUCAACUUUGUAGCAACACCCGAGGAGCAGAAUCGUGAUCUGGUUGUUUUCAUUAACGCCUCCAAAAACUUCAACCUCAACAUCACCUGGGCCGCCAGUUUCACAGCAGGUACUCAGACAGGCGAGGAGAUCCCAAUCAUCUCCAGGAGUAACAUCAAGGAGUUUAAAGACAGUUUCUCCAACGAGAACUUUGACUUCCGCAACAACCCAAACAUCACCUUCUUCGUCUAUGUCAGCAACUUCACCUGGCCCAUCAAGAUACAAAUUGCCUUCUCUCAGCACAGUAACUUCAUGGAUCUGGUGCAGUUCUUCGUCACAUUCUUCAGCUGCUUCCUUUCUCUCCUCCUGGUGGCGGCAGUCGUCUGGAAGAUCAAACAGAGCUGCUGGGCGUCACGGCGACGAGAGCAACUCCUCCGUGAGAUGCAGCAGAUGGCUAGCCGGCCGUUCGCCACCAUCAAUGUUGCCUUGGAAAUGGACGAGGAGCCACCGGACCUAAUUGGUGGAAACGUCAAGACGGUGCCCAAGCCCAUCGCCAUGGAGCCCUGUUUUGGGAACAAGGCUGCUGUCCUCUCCAUCUUCGUCCGUUUACCCAGAGGCACCGGGGGCAUCCCCCCACCCGGUCAGUCUGGUCUAACGGUGGCCUCGGCCCUGGUGGAUGUGUCUCAGCAGAUGUGUCUUGGUUACAAGGAGAAGUCAUGUGGUCUGAGGAACAGGAAGCAACACCCCUCUGCACAGCCCUCCACCUGUAUCUGACCACACCCCCUGCCACGGUCCUGGACCCCACCCUGCUCCACCCUAACCCCUCCCCCUGCCCCAGAGACUAUACCCCCGGACUGGAGGGAGGGAUGAAGAGAGAGAGGCAGGGGGUUUCCUGGGGGGAGCUGCAUACCUGCUGAGAGGAAGAGGGGAGCGGGAGAGGGAUGUCUGAUGGACAGUCACACCCACGCAGCUUCCCAACGGACACCUCCUGCACCUGGGGAACCACACCUGGCUGACAGACAUGUGGAACUUAGGGAAAAUAAAAAAAUACUUGUAUUAGUCCUCUACCACCUGGUCAGAGUAAAGGAGAAGCUUGAUCGCUGUCUAUUGUCUGAUCAACUAUCAGUCAUUCUACUUGGUAUGCUGUCUGUCUGUCUGUCUGUCUGUCUGUCUGUCUGUCUGUCUGUCUGUCUGUCUGUCUGUCUGUCUGAUUAACUGCCAGUCAUACUACUUGGUAUGCUGUCUGUCUGUCUGUCUGUCUGUCUGUCUGUCUGUCUGUCUGUCUGUCUGUCUAACUAUCAGUCAUCCUACUUGGUAUGCUGUCUGUCUGCUAAACUACCAGUCAUCCUACUUGGUAUGCUGUCUGUCUGCUAAACUACCAGUCAUCCUACUUGGUAUGCUUUCUACUCCCAGAUAGCUGUCACAUUUAGUUUGUUUCUACACCUCACCAGUUAUAUCAGUUAGUCCCCAGCCUGAGUGCCAGUCUGUUAUAAUAUAUAUAAUAAAUAGCCUGUUGUUUACUUUACUGUAGCAGUAAGCUUGGUGUUGAUAGUAACUGGCUGACUCAUUCAGGGCUAAUGUAAUGUUAGCAGUCUAGUAGGGCUAACGCUAGCAGUCUAGCAGGGCUGGCUAACGUUAGCAGUCUAGCAGGGCUAACGUUAGCAGUCUAGCAGGGCUAAUG